AAGUAUUCACUGGUGCUUGUUCUGCAAGGGAACGGCUUCCCAAAUACUCUCACCUGUCCGACUGUCUCGCAAAGUUCCUUCCAUUCCCUGCGCAACAUGCAACCAAACUAUAACAUAGGAGGUGGUGAUGCGGCUCACUGGAACGGCGGACACGGAGACGAGAAGUCCGCAAUGUCGAACGGCUACAACGGCAGCGGAGGUCUGGCUUCUUUCCAACAACAGCAGCAACAAGCGUCCUUUCAACAACACCAGGCCAACGCACUCGGAGGGUACGGUGCCGGAGCUGCCUCGCAGUUCCCCAUGUGGUCACAGAUGCCGUCGGGCAGCGACGGCUAUGCCGGAGGUGGAGCGGACCCCUUCCAUCCCUACAUGCCGCAACAGCCCACGCCAGACAUGAUGCAGCAAAUGUCGGGCCUGACGAACGGCGGUUACGGCGGCGGGUAUCCUGGACAGGACAUGCAACAGAUGAUGUUCCAGCAAAUGAUGAAUUCGCAAGCGUUUGCGGCCCAGCAAACCGGCGGCUACGGAGGAAUGCCCGGAUCGAAUCCGUCCAUGGCGGCAUACUAUGGCCUGCCUACGCAGAACGCGUCGUCCAUGGCCCAUGCUGCGGCUUCCUCGUCCGCUUCGGCCGGAUUGGACCGCAAGUCCUCGCGACCUAAAAAGAAUAAGGACAAACCGAAGCGUCCCCUUUCGGCCUACAAUCUUUUCUUCAAGGAUGAGCGCCUGCGAAUGCUUUCCGCGAUUCCUGACAAGAAGGUAGAAGACAAAGAGCAGACCUCGGAUGACGACACCAAGAAGGAGGACGACGACAACGACGAUCCCAAGGCAACCAACGAAAAGGAAGACAAAAUCAAAGCCGAAAAAGGCAAGGCCGACACGGAGAAGGCGACCGAUGCAAAGGAAGACGAAGACACAUCCGAGGAUAUCAAGGCUGAUACAGACAAGGCGACCGAUGUAAAGGAAGACGAAGGCAACAAGCAAGACUCUGUCAACGAGGAAACCGACAGCAAGGCCUCUCUCGAAAAAAAUGAAGACAAGGACAGUUCCAAGGAAACGAAAGGGAAAGAAGAAGAGAAGAGCGGUACCGCAGCGAAAGGGGAGGACGAGUCCAAAAACGGUAAACGCAAGCGAGAACCUCACGGCAAGAUCAGCUUCGAAGCAAUGGCCAAGGCCAUCGGUGCCAGUUGGAAGGCGAUAGAUCCGGAAUUACUCGACACUUACAAGGCUAGAGCUGCAGUAGAUAUGCAGCGCUACAAAAAGGAAAUGGAAGAAUUUCUUAUCAAACAACGCCAAGGUUUGGAAGAAAGUCGCGACCAGCUAGAAACCUCUGUCGAUCCUAUGGCAAAGAUGCGCUACUUCUCCACUAGCAACACUGGUAUGUGA